UUGCUCUUCCCGACAAUCAAUCCGGCACAAUGCGUCUCUCCGAAAUUCUUACUAUUGCGUUGGUCACCGGCGCCACUGCUUAUAAUCUGCCCAACAACCUGAAACAGAUCUACGACCAGCACAAGGGGAAAUGUUCCAAUGUACUGGCAAAAGGGUUCACCAAUGGUGAUGCUAGCCAAGGCAAGUCUUUCGCGUACUGCGGCGACAUCCCAGGAGCCAUUUUUAUCUCCUCCGCCAAGGGGUACACCAAUAUGGACAUUGACUGCGACGGGGCCAACAACUCCGCCGGCAAGUGCGCCAACGACCCGUCCGGCCAGGGGCAGACGGCCUUCAAGUCGGACGUGAAGAAGUUCGGCAUCUCCGACCUGAACGCCAAUGUCCACCCCUAUGUGGUGUUUGGCAAUGAGGACCACUCUCCCAAGUUCUCGCCCCAGUCACAUGGAAUGCAGCCAUUGAGUGUCAUGGCUGUCGUGUGCAACGGCCAACUGCAUUACGGAAUCUGGGGCGACACAAACGGCGGCGUUUCUACCGGCGAAGCCUCCAUUUCUUUGGCGGACCUUUGCUUUCCCAAUGAGCAUCUCGAUGGCGACCAUGGUCACGAUCACAAUGAUGUCCUCUUCAUCGGCUUUACUAGCAAGGACGCCGUGCCUGGAGCGAGUGCCAAGUGGAAAGCAAAGAAUGCGAAAGAAUUUGAGGACAGUAUCAAGUCGAUCGGCGACAAGCUGGUUGCUGGUCUGAAAGCAUAGAGACAAAACACACCAAAGACAGCCGUGGCACGGGACUUGACUGUUGGCAAUAUAUUUUCGUACAUGCAAUCAGAAGCGCAGUACCUAGGAGUAGUUAGUGUAGACGAACCUUAGUAACCUAUACUUUUCUAUCAGCAGUGCGUGUUAUGUCAUGGACCAUUCUUCUUUAAGAGAAUUGAUCAGCCAAGUUGUCGGCCUUGCAUGUGUCGCUUCCAUAUCUCGCAGCAGUCUAAUUACCCCUGCCCUUUCUGUUGGAUCUGUCAUCAAGGGACCCCCUGUCCACCCACACGGAAUUUGGACAUGUCUUACAUAUAAAGGUGGAAUGACAGAGCGGGAUCAACGAUGGGACCGUCGAAGGGGAACUAUUGCAUGCCCCACAGAUUGCGCGAGCGUGCAUCAUGCAUGACUCGCAUCUGUCAGCGUUAACGAG